CCAAAGAGAGAUUUUAAAUUCCCUGAAAAAAAACAAGGGAAAUCUCAGGACCAGCCUCAGAAGCAAGUCAGUGUCUUUCGUGAGAGCUGAUGGGGAAUGGGGAGGAAGGAGGUUCAGAGAGAACUGAUGUUCAACUUGGCCAAAAUGUGCAGGAAGCCCCUUGCUAUGCAGUCAUAGAGGCUCGCUAGUGAAGUGAAAUUUACUUAAAGGUCAGUAAAAGUUCAAGAUCUUGGUACUAGAGUUACAGGGUAUCUGGGACUGAUUCCUGGCUGGUGUCACCAGACCAGAGGAGUUCUUGGCCCUUCUGCCCUAAGAGAAGGGAAGAGACUAAACGUGAGCAGUCGCCUGCUCUUCUAUGCGGACAAAAAUGAUCAACCACUUGACCUGUGAGGUCCUGGCUGUCCUGAAGUUUCCCUGUGCUGAUAUCUCUAUCAAUGUGAUCAGGCAAAAGGCCUUCUCCACCUGCUCUGCCCACCUCACAGUCAUGAUCGUCCUCCACAGGACCAUCCUCUUCACAUAUGGAAAGCCCAAGUCUAUGGGUCCACUGAGGGAAGACAAGCACGAUUUUGCAGACAAACUCAUCUCCAUCUUCUACAGAGUGGUGACCCCCAUGCUGAACACCAUCAUCUAUAUACAUCCUGAGGAACAAGCACAGGAAGGCUGCUGUGAGAAACCUGGUAUUUCAGAAACCCCUAACCGAGUGACUGUCAGAAUCCUAGGUGGCCAGAACAUAUGCUCUUUAAGCACCUCAUUGUGCUCAUGGGGAAAUGAUAACUCAGAGGAAGGGACGUUCUUUCCCAAGGUCCAGGCCAUGAACCAUGGGACUAGAAUGAACAAGUAA